AUGGGAGUAUGUACUCGGCGAUGUCCUCGGUGGCGGGUCACGCCGGCUCGAUCAGGCGUACGUUUGGCUCCCAGAAACUCCUGAAGACGGAGAACAUUUGGCUGCUGAAUCCGCAGUUUGCCGGCGCAGCCAUAAUCCCAUCCUCUCUGAAGGACAAGGAGGAGAUCUACUUCUUCUUCAGCGAGUUCAACAAGACAGCCCGAGUGGACGAGGAGCCUUACAGGGCGCGCAUCGGACGGAUCUGCAUGGUGGACGAGGGUGGCAUCAAAGCCCUGCUGGAGAACUCGUGGACCACCUUCAUGAAGGCGCGGGUCAUGUGCGGCUCAGGAAACACUCAGCAGCAGUACAACAACAUGAAGCAGGCGGUGGUGCUGACGGCUCAGGACAAGAGGACCGGCGUCAUGUACGGCCUGUUUUCCAACGCAUGGGGCAGAAAUGUGAUCUGUGCCUACUCCAUUGAAGACAUUGACCAAGCUUUCUCCACGUCUAAACUGAAGAGCUACAGCAGUCCAUUCAUCAGCAGUCGCCCUGGGAUGUGUGUCCGCAAGAACUCGACAGCAGGAGGUCCCAACGACAUCAAGAACCUUGGGGUGAUCAGAUACCACCCAGAAAUAGAGGAUGUGAUUCGGCCAGUUGGUGUGUCUCCACUCGACCUGCCUACGGACGACCAGAUCACACACACUGUGGCGGAUAUAGUCCUGGCAGUCAACGAUGAGCACUACAGCGUCCUCUACCUGGGAACAGAUCAAGGCAAAGUCCUGAAAGUUCUCCACAGCAGCGAGGGGGUCUUCAUCAUCUCUCAGUACUCGCUGUUUCACAACGAAGGACCCGUCCUGAACAUGGCCAUCGACUCCCAAAAGGGUCACCUGUAUGUCGGCACAGCCAUGGAGAUCCAGCGGCUGCCGCUGGCUGACUGCGGUCGCUAUGGCGACUCAUGCAGAGAGUGCAUCCUUUCCAGAGAUCCGUACUGCGGCUGGGACAGGGCCAGGAGGAAGUGCGUCGCCAUCCCGCCCGGAUACAACGACACAACUGGGGCGCUCGUUCAGAAUCUGGACCAUUCCAACUCGUCGGUUUGCGGGGAAGCUGCUGCUCUAAAACAGCGCCGGACCUCCCCCAGGGAAGUGAUGGUUCAGUCCAACACCUCCAUCUUUCUCCCUUGCCCCGUGCGCUCCUUCCAUGCCACCUACCGCUGGGAGAAGGACAACUGCAUCAAGAACUAUCCCUGCCUCUUCUCUGGGGACUUCUGCAUCCUGGGGCCGGUUGUCGACACGCCCCUGAAGGAAGGCGUUUUCCGCUGCAUGGCCACCGAGGACGGGUUCAAGGUGGAGGUCAUCUCCUUCAGGCUGGUGAACAACGGCAGGCUCCUCGCCGCCUCCCUGGCCUCCACCGUAGGGCUGUCGCUCCUGCUCGCCGUGGCCACGCUGUGGCUUCAUUAACUGCAGCUAACACUAAUGCUAACCCCUCAUCCUUACUGGCUCCCAAUGACAGGAAAGGCGAGGAGCCGAUGUUAGGAGGUGAGGUUCGCAGAGCAUUGAAGUACAUGGUUAGGUUAGACGGUGAAACUUCACCUUCUUCCUUAUCGAUUUUUAGAGAAACAGUCCAGGAAACAUCCACAAAUGAGGGAUUCAAUUCUGUGCUUUUUUGCAUAAAUCUACAUAUCUUAGUAACAGAUCCAAACAGGAAGUAAGGUUUAUUGAUAUUCAGACUUAAGGAGUUCCUGUUCAGCCAUACUUUGGUGCUUUGCAAACCUUUCCUUCUGACUCAAAGAGAUAAACAUAUCCAAUGAGUUGGGCAAAAAAAACCACCAAUACCAGGCCAAUUCUUUUCAUCAUUCCUCGACUUCUUUUCAAAUUGACUUGAUUGUGCUUCUUUGUGAAUCUAUAAACCUUUAAUACCGCUCUUACAUUCGUCCAUACAUCUUGUUAAAGUUCAUCCGUAUAGCUCAUUAGUACUUAGAGAAAUGUCUGGUAUUGAAAUUCAAAAGCCUUAACACUUCUGGGACAUUAACUCCUAAGCACAAUUUUGCAGUCGAGGCAGAACGCUGCAGGCUCGGUCGGACUUGGCGCUAUAAUUAGUGCAGCUGAGUCCAACAACAUCGCUGGGAGGAAGUGUCAGCUAUUUGACAGGAAGUAGGCGUGUGGGCAAACGCUCAUUUUCCAACAUCACUGUGUCUCAGCACCUCCUCCACAGACGAGGCAGUUUCUUGCAUCUUUUUAUCGGAUGGUAUCAGACAUCGUUAGCACGCCUUGUUCACAGCUUUGUCCGUUGUUCUUCAUUUCUUUUCUUUUUUUAAAUCGUCCUUCCUCCUCCCUAGAGCAUCAGAAACUAAACCCUCGCUGUUACAGGAAGUGAAAUAAUACAACAAACGCCUUCAGCUCCUCUGGAAACAAGCAUCUAACUGUGAGAUUUAAAAAGCCUCUGAAUGUUUCUGUAAGAUUUAUUAAAAAAACAAUUUAAUUACAAAUCAUGUCAAUCAACAUGAAAAUUUAAACUUUGAGAUUUCCGAAUAUCCAGAAUUUUUUUACUUAUUCUGUGUAUGUUGGCGCCAUUAAAAGAGUCCGUCGAUGUUUGGGACACGUCGUGCACGGCGACAAAGAAGAGCUAAUCGUGCUAAUGUCAACCUGACGAUGUGUAAUGUCAGAUUUUUAAACUUCAAGGUGAUACAAAUAAAAAUCUAACAAUAUCAAUCGCUGUUAAGAAACCACGGCAAAAAAAAAAAAAAAGAAG